AUGACAUUAAAUAGUGAUAAUAUUUUAUUAGUAACUGCUGGUUAUGAUCGAACAAUACGUUUUUGGCAAGCUAAUACUGCAUGUGUUUAUCGAACAAUCAUGCAUGAAGAUUCACCAACCAAUUGUUUAGCAAUACAUCCACUAAAAACUUUAUUAGCAGCUGGUAGUUAUCAACAUAUAAAAAUGUAUGAUUUAAUGUCGAAUAAUCCGAAUCCAGUAAUGAAAUUAGAUCAAUUACAGAAAAAUAUAGUUACAUUAGGAUUUAGUGAAGAUAAACAUUUUAUGUUUUCAGGUGGAGAAGAUCAUUGUGUAAGAAUUUGGGAUAUGAGGGCGGCUAAAACAAAAGCUAAUCGACAAAUUUCUGUUGGUGCUGCUGUUAAUUGUGUUACACUUCAUCCUAAUCAGGCAGAACUAUUAAUUGGUGAUCAAGAUGGAGUAAUCUGUCGUUGGGAUAUGGCUGGUGAUAAACAUGAAAAAUAUAUCAUUGAUUCAAAUAAUCCGAGUGCAAUACGAUCAAUUUCAAUCAAUCGUGACGCUUCCAUGAUGGCUGCUGUUACGAGUAAUGGUGAUUGUCAAAUAUGGUCAAUGACUGGAUUUGAUUCACAGACGCAUCUUAUACGGCGUACAAAUUUCAUUGCACACAAACGUUAUGGAUUAAAAUGUCUGUUUUCACCUGAUAUGACUUUGCUGGCGACCACAUCAGCGGAUGGAACAGCAAAAAUUUGGCGUACAUCUGACUUUGCUUGUCUAUAUGAAUUGAAACAUGAUCGCUUACAAAACUGGGUAUGGGAUUGUGCAUUUACAUCGGAUUCUGUAUUUCUUAUAACAGUGUGCUCCGAUGGAAAAGCUCGUUUAUGGUCAACAGAGACUGGCAACGUUACAAAGGAAUAUAUUGGUCAUCAAAAACCAGUUACUUGUCUAGCUUUCGAUGAUCGAAUUUUCAGAUAA